AUGAGCUGCGCCCUAGCAGCAGCAGCAGCAGCAGCAGCAGCAGAAGCAGCAGCAGCAGCAGCGCUAGCAAGAAUAGCAAUAGAAGCUGCAAGGGCAGCAGAAGAAAACGCAGCAGCAGCAGCAAAAGAAGCGGCAGCAGCAGAGGCAGCAGCAAAGGCAACCGUAACCGCCGCAGCAGAAGCAGCAGCAGCAGCAACAGCAGCAACAGCAGCAACAGCAGCAGCAGCAGCAGCACAUCUGCUGCAUCUUCUCAGCAUGCCGUCGAAGGGAAAACAAACGGAGAGAGUGCUGCAGCAGCAGCAGGAGCUGCUGCUGAAGAAGAAGGAUCCAUCUGCUGCUGCUGCCGAGGAGGGGCCGGGGUGUACAGACAGCCAGCAGCAGCAGCAGCAGCAGCAGCAACAAGAGCAGCAGCAGCAGCAGCAGCAGCAGCAGCAGGGUGAUACAGCCCCUCCCCGACCCUCCCGGUCAUUUUUUUCGUUUUUCUUUUCUGCGUUUCAAUCCACAAAAAGCGGAGAGGCAGAUAGCCAGCCAGCAGCAGCAGCAGCAGCAGCAGCAGCAGCAGGGGGAGCAGCAGCAGCAGCAACAACCGCAGCAACAAACCAGCCGAAUGUUUCUUCUUCUCUCCCGGCAAUAAUAGCUCCUUUAUCAUCUUCUUCAUCACUAUCCUUAUCCUCAACAACAGCAGCAGCACCAUCAACAUCAGCAGCAGCAACAGCAGCAACAGCAGCAACAGCAGCAGCAGCAGCAGCAGCAGCAGCAUCAUCUGCUUCUCUACCUCUCCGCCGCGGUUCUUCUGCUUCUUUAUCUCACACAGAUAUCAGCGGCAACACUCUCCCCUAUCUAAAACGAUGGAAACCACCAGCCCGCAACGCGAGUAUGUUUGCAGCCUUAACCACUCUAGAGCCGCUGCGGGGGCCCCCCGCCGCUUUCGGAAGACAAGAGAAACGGGGGGGAGCAGCUGCAAGUGAUGCUGCUGCUGCUGCUGCUGCUGCUGCUGCUGCACCUGUUGCUGCUGGUAAUAGCAGCAGCAGCAGCAACAGCAAGCGCAGAAGUAGCAGCUGCAGCAGCGUGAGGAAAGGAAUAUGGGGAGGAGAAGCAAAGGACGAGAUACAGGGCACCACGCUGCAUAGAAACGGCGUCGCUGGCAGCAGCAGCAGCAGCAGCAACAGCAGCAGCAGCAGCAGCAGCAGCAGCAGCAGCAGUAGCAGCAAUGACAUCUCCAAAAAGGCGACGUUUCCUCCUGUAUCACAAGAGCAUCCCGCUGGUGAUGCCAGUCCUUCUGCUGCUGCAACUGCUGCAGCAGCAGCAACAGCAGCAGCAGCAGCUGCUGCUGCUGCUGCUGCUGCCCCUGCAGAGCCUUCACGAGCUCAAGCCGCAACACAGUGCACAGACAGCAUGCCGGCUCCCCUUGCAGCAGCAUCAGAUGCAGCAGAUGCAGCAUCAGCAGCACCAGCAGCACCAGCAGCAGCAGCAGCAACUGCAGCAGCAGCAGCAGCAGCAGCAGCAGCAGCAGGAGAGGGUGAGAGUCGGGGUGUAUCGGACCCGUUCUGCGAGCUGCUGGAGAGCCCAACAGUGCAGCCUUCUUUUGCUUCUUCUUUUGGCGUUUUCUCCGCCGCCAGCAACAAACAAAUAAACAAAAAAAAUAAACAAAUAGAAAACAACAACAACAAUAAAAACAAAGAAACGUCAGCAUACAGCGACACCACCUCGGAAGCAACGCAGCAGCAGCAGCAACAGCAACAGCAGCAGCAGCAGCAGCUCGACGAGGAACUGCAGACGCGGGCAACAGCAGCAGCAACAGCAGCAGCAACAGCAGCAGCAGCAGCAGCAGCAGCAGCGGAGAUCCCCGAUGGCGAUGACGGCCGAAUAAAAGUUAUUGAUAUGCAGACAGAACAAAAAAUACAAAAAAAUAAACAAACUAAUGCUGAUGCAGCAGAACCAACGCCGCCUGCUGCUGCUGCUGCUGCUGCUGCUGCUGCUGCGACAACCAGCGGUCCUGGCGAGGCCCCCAAAGCGGCAGCAGUAGAAGAAACAGCAGCAGCAGCAACAGCAGCAACAGCAGCAACAGCAACAGAAGCGUUAACAGCAGCAGAAGCACCAACAUCACCAACAGCAACAGCAGCAGCAGCAGCAGCAGCAGCAGCAGCAGCACAACAACCCAAAGGAUGGCUUGCCGGGCCUGAGGUGUACAGACGGCUCAUCGACGGCAUCACCCAGCUAGCGCAGCAGACAGGCUUAGCGAGGCCGCUGCGUCUCGAGGCUCCAGCUAGCGAUGCAGCAGCAGCAGCUGCUGCUGCAACAACUCCUGCUGCAGCAACUGCUGCUGCUGCUGCUGCUGAUGAUGAUGAUGAUGAUGAUGAUGAUGAUCGUCCCCCCACGCCAGAAGCCGACAGCGCAGGCAGCAGCAACCCUGUAUCCUCCCUUUCGGAGGUAGUGGAAAGAAAGCAGCAGCUACAGCAGCAACAGCAGCAGCAGCAGCAGCUGCAGCAGCAGCUGUUGCAGCACCAGCAGCAACAGCAGCAGCCUCCAUCUGCCGUUGCUGCUGAGCUCGAUACACCACCUGAAGACAGCAGCAGCAAGAAAGCAGCGCCAGUGAACUGGCUGUGGGGUUUGUUUUAUCCAGGACAGCCAAAGGAUGCUGCUGCUGCUGCUUCUGCUGCUUCUGCUGCUUCUGCUGCUGCUGCAUCUGCUGCUGCUGCUGCACCUGCAUCUAAAGGAGACAGCCGCGAUCCGAGCAGCGUAGCUGCAAGUUACCUCGCAAGCAAAGGGGGCCCCCCGGGGGGCCCCCCGUCAGCGGGGCCCCCAGAGGAGGCCCCCCCAAGGCAGCUUGAGGGGGGGGGGCCCCCCCACUUCAAAGGGGGCCCCCACCAGCUCAGUGGGGGGCCCCCCCAGCUCGAGGGGGGCCCCCAUCAGUUCAUGGUGGGCCCCCGGCAGGUAGAGGGGGGCCCCCCAUUUGUCAUGGGGGCCCCUGGGGGGGCCCCCGUUGCUCGAUUGAGUUUAGGGUAUUCGGGUUUAGAGGGGGGGGAGGGGUUUGCAUGCGAUGAGAGACAGAGAGAAAAGAAAGAAAGAGAAGGAGGAAUAAAAACAGAAAGAAGAAACACAGACGGAGGUGGAGCCGCACCCGUCUCUUAUCAUCAUCACCACAGCAGCAGCAGCAGCAGCAGCAGCAACAGCAGCGGGAUCGGGAUGCAACAGCUGCCGGCUGAACGGCAGGCAGCAACAGCAUCUGCAGCAACAGCAGCAGCAGCAGCAGCGGCAGCUGCAGCAGCAGCAGCAGCAGCAAGGGAGCAGCAUCGCGUGCUGCAAGUCCCUGUUGACGAUAUAAAGAGUAAAAUAAUGAAUCCUGUUUCUCUUCAUUACCCUCAAAGAGCAGCAGAAGGAGAAAUAAUAUACAGCAGCAGCACGCCGCGGCUGCUGCAGCUGCCUGCAGCACACUACAGCACCGCCGCAGCUGUACAGACACAGCAGCUGCCUGUACACCUCAGCGAUGCAGGCGCACAGCACCACCAGCAGCAGCUGCUGCACCAGCAGCAGCUGCAGCAGCAGCAGCUCCAGCAGCAGCAGCAGCAGCAACAGCAACAGCAGCAGCAGCUGCCGCCUUGGGCUGUUCGGUACCCUCCCCCCCCUUCUUCUUCUUCUCUUUCUCAUUGGCAUUACCCCCCUGCUGCUGCUGCUGUACACAGCAGAGGUUUUGCUGCUGCAGUGCCAGCAGCAGCAACCACGCAGACAUCGUGGGGGGCAGCAGACGCCACGCAUGCUGCAGCACGAAGACGUGAGGCUGCUGCUGCUGAGAUGCAUGCAGCAGCAAACUUUCACCUGACGCUCCAGAUGCAGCAGCAACUACAGAUGCAUCAGCAGCAGCAGCAGCAGCAAGGUCAACUGCAGCAGCAGCUACAGCAGCAGCUACAUCAUCUGCAGCAACUACAACAACUGCAGCAGAUGCAGCAGAUACAGCAGCAACUGCAUCAACAGCAGCAGCACGGGCAGCUGCCUCUACAGCAACAGCAGCAGCAGCAGCAGCAGCAGCAGGGGCCGUUGCAGCUGCAGCUGCAGCGGCAGCAGCUGCUGCAGCUGCCGCUGCAGCAGCAAAUCCCCAACAGCACACCGGAGGUAUAUUACCCCUUCGUAGCAGAACACACUUUCCACCCACCCUACACACAACCAUGA